AAUGUUAUCACAGAACUAUUGUGUGGCGUUCACACUACAUAUUUAGUAAUAAUCUCAAUUCGUUUAUUAACUAUCUGCCCUGGAUUGUUUCAAACUUUUUGUAAUUUUUUUUAAUAAUCAAACAGAUCAUUAUGGGUGACCGCUACAAUAUUCACAGUCAAUUGGAGCACCUUCAGUCAAAAUAUAUUGGUACAGGUCAUGCGGACACUACCAAAUUUGAAUGGCAAGUAAACCAACACCGCGACUCAUGUGCUUCAUAUCUUGGUCAUUAUGAUUUAUUGAAUUGGUUUGCCAUCGCUGAGAACGAAGCUAAAGCAAGAGUACGGUUUAAUUUAAUGGAAAAAAUGUUACAACCUUGUGGUCCUCCACCCGAAAAGCCUGAUGAAUAAUUAUUUUAAAUAUGAAUUAUAAAUAUCAGAGUUAACUAAAUUAGUGAUUAAUUUUAUACUUAAAAAUU